AUGCGGAUUGGCUGCACAGGGCACACAGGUCCAGAGAAAAAUCCAAGCUGCAAACAGGGCAUCGUUGCAUUGCCCAUGGCCAUGGUGCUCGCCGUCGUCUUCUUCUGCAUCCUCGUGCUCGCCUCCGCCGCCAUCGCCUUCCUCCUCAUCCGCUACUGCCUUCGCCGGAGGAUCAGUAGUAGUACUGCCGGCGACGCAGAGGCUCCCCAAGCCAGGGCAGUAGCACCACCACCUGAGCCGGAGCCCGAGCUGUCCUUACCAUCGUCGGAGCUGCGAGCAGCCAAGGAGAAGGGGAAGGAGAAGACUCUGUUGAAGUUGGAGCCGCGCAGGCUGACGUGGCGUGAGGUGGAGGCGCUGACCGGCGGCUUCGACGAGGCCGCCGUGGUUGGGCGCGGCGGCUCCAGCACCGUCUACCUCGCCAGGCUCCGGCACGGCGCGCCGGUGGCCGUCAAGGUGCACCGGUGGUGCGGCGGCGAGCGGCGGCUGCGCGCGUUCCGGCAGGAGCUCGGCCUGCUCCGCCGCAUCCACCAGCCGCACAUCGUCGCGCUCCUCGCCUACUCCGACGACCACGAGGAAGGGGGUGCACUGGUCCUGGAGUACCUCGCCGGCGGCACGCUCGCCGACCGUCUCCACGGAGGCGCCACGGCCCCGCUGCCAUGGGCGCACCGCAUGCGCAUCCUCCACGACGUGGCCUGCGCCCUGGAGCACCUCCACGACGCCUCCACCGGCGUCGUGCACGGCGACGUGUCGGCGUCCAACGUGCUCCUCGACGGCAAUGGCCUCAGCGCGCGCCUCUGCGACCUGGGCUCCUCCUGCGAGGGGUUCUCCGCCGCCGUGGCGCCGUCCAGGGCGGCCGUGGGCUCGCCGGGGUACGCCGACCCCUUCUUCCUCCGCACCGGUAUCGUGUCCAAGAAGUCCGACGUCUACAGCUUCGGGGUGCUGCUGCUCGAGGCCAUCACGGGCAUGCCCGCCGCCGGAUCCGGGUCCACAAAAAACCUGACGGCCCGGGUGCUGCCACGUGUCAAGCCGGAGGGGGUGGACGGCCUCGUGGACAGCAGCCUCGGCGAGGACUACGACGUCGAGGAGGCCGGCGACGUGGCCAGGAUCGCCGUGGAGUGCGUCGGGGCGCAGCCGGGGCUCCGGCCGACCAUGGAGCAGGUGCGGGCAGCCAUUGCAGAGAAGGCGGCCAGGUCCAUCUCCAAGGCUGAUUACGGCCACCAUAUACAGUUGAGCAAGCUCCUGGAGAUCACAUGAUGAGUGUUAGCUUUACUUAGGACGACGUCAUUUUCAUGUUUUCCUUUUCUUAGAGUUAUUAAGGUGCUUUAGCUUCUCUCUUCUGUGUCUCUUUCUGGUUGUGUUGUUCAUGCUUCUUUAGGUCGGGUACAGAACUAAGCUAGGCAUGUGGGACGAAAGAUCAUUCUGUAUCAUAGUAUUGAAGAGGAAUCUUAAUCAUUGACUUGUUGAGUGAAAUGUAAAUAACAACUUUCUCUGCGUUCUGUUCUCGUAUAGUAGGAGCAAAUAUUUGUCCCCACCGAAUGAUUCAGUCAUGAUGUAUACACUUUGUUCCA